ACUAGGCUUUGGUCAGAUUCGCUUCGCAUUACCGUAACAUAUUUCAAAUUAAGAAAAUACGUAACAAUGUCCAGCUACAUGUCUUUUGGAACAAUAUUUGGGAAUGGAAAAUAUCUCCUGGGAAGAAAACUAGGUUCUGGGUCUCACGGGGACGUGUAUUACGGAAAAGACCUGCAUUCUGAAGAGGAAAUCGCAAUCAAAGUGGAAAGCUGGGACUGCGAAGAAAUGUUCUUAUCGCACGAGUUCCAAGUUGCAAAAAUGCUGGAAGGAGGAACAGGUUUCCCUACCGUUCGAUGGUUUGGGCAAGAAAAACGCCACAAUGUUAUUGCAAUGCAGCUUUUGGGAUCAUCUUUGAACUCACUCCUUCAACAGAAUGGGAACAAGUUUAGCCUCAAAACAGUCCUCUUGUUGGCCGAUCAACUCCUUGAACGCGUCGAAUAUCUUCACAAUAAGCGAUUCAUACACAGGAGCAUAAAACCAGAAAACUUUGCAAUUGGACGUCAUGACGGGAACACAUUGGUAUACAUGAUAGAUUUUGGCAAUGCCAAGAGAUACCUAAACAAAUCUGGGGAACAUAUCAAAUGCAAAGUUUAUGAGGAAUUGGGACUCGCAAAUUGCGACUCAAGACAUCAAUCUAUAUCCGCUUUGCAAAGGAUGGAAAGAAGCCGUCGAGAUGACUUAGAGUCACUUGGCUACAUGCUCAUCUACAUGUUGAGAGGAUGUCUGCCCUGGGACAAUGCAAUGAACGAUCCCGUACUUUUAAAGCAAGUCAAAAUGGGGACCUCCAUCAACACUUUAUGCAAAGGCUGCCCAGAAGAAUUUUCGAAAUACAUGGCUUACGUCCGAAGUCUAAAUUUUGAAGAAACUCCGGAUUACGCUGUCGUUCGAGAAAUGUUCAAAGAUUUAUUUUUCAACUUGGGAUAUGAAUAUGAUGCUAAAUUUGACUGGAUUCCUCAAGAAAAACAAAGCAUUUUUACUCCAUCCAGACGACAAGGUUUAGAAGUACGGAAAAUUUAUACGCGUUAAUAGUUCUAAUUACCUUAUGUAUAUUUUUUGUAAACUUGUGUAUUAUCCUAGACUUGUAAUUCAAUAUUAUUCAAUUAUUACAAUGAUCAACUUAUUCAAUUUAUAAAAAUAAAAACAUGUGUAGGUUCAAAAUAUGUA